AUGCCACCCCGUCUGUACUUCCCGAACUUUAACCUUCGUCUUCGCUUUGAGCCGGCCCUGCGUGCCGAGCAGAAACAGCUCUCCAAGUCCACAGCGGACACUUUCCGCACGCGCUUCAUCAAACUCAAAACCGUCCCCAGCUUGACACGAGUGGAGAUUAAACAGAUUUUGGAGAAGCUAUAUGGACUUCCAGUGGAGCGAGUGAAUACCCUCAACGUUUACGGGAAACGGCGACGCUACCUCGGCCGCUACGACUGGCGAGACCAAGACUUUAAAUACGCCUACGUUAGGUUGGCUGAAGAAGCUGAGGUACCCCGCGACCCGCGGCCCCCGUCUUCAGGGUAG